AUGGAGCUCUGGAACUCCACUUUGGGAAGUGGCUUCAUUUUGAUGGGCAUUCUGAAUGACAGUGAGUCUCCUGAGCUGCUCUGUGCCACAAUAACAGUACUAUAUAUUUUGGCUUUGACCAGUAAUGGCCUGCUGCUCCUGGUCAUCACAAUGGAUGCCCGACUCCUUGUGCCGAUGUAUCUCCUGCUCAGACAGCUCUCACUCAUGGAUCUCCUCUUCACAUCUGUUGUCACUCCCAAGGCACUUGUGGAUUUUCUGCGCCAAGAAAACACCAUCUCUUUUGGAGGUUGUGCUCUUCAGAUGUUCCUGGCACUGACAUUGGGUGGUGCAGAGGACCUCUUGCUGGCCUUUAUGGCCUAUGACAGGUAUGUGGCCAUUUGCCAUCCUCUGAACUACAUGGUCCUCAUGAGUCCGAAGUUCUGCUGGCUCAUGGUGGCAAUCUCCUGGAUCCUGGCAUCCCUGAGUGCUCUAGUAUAUACUGUUUAUACCAUGCACUAUCCCUUCUGCAAAGCCCAGAUAAUCAGGCACCUGCUGUGUGAGAUCCCACCUUUGCUGAAGUUGGCCUGUGCUGAUACUGCCAGAUAUGAGCUCAUGGUAUAUGUGAUGGGUGUGACCUUCCUGAUGCCCCCUCUUGCUGCUAUCCUUGCCUCCUACUCACUAAUUCUUUUUACUGUGCUCCACAUGCCCUCAAAGGAGGGGAGGAAGAAAGCCUUUGUCACAUGCUCUUCCCACUUAACUGUGGUUGGGAUGUUCUAUGGAGCUGCUACAUUCAUGUACAUCUUGCCCAAUUCCUUCCACAACCCCAAGCAGGACAAUAUCAUCUCCAUUUUCUACACAAUAGUCACCCCAGCCCUAAACCCACUCAUCUACAGCCUGAGGAAUAAGGAGGUCAUGGGGGCCCUGAGAAGGGUCCUGGGAAAAUACAUGUAG